AUGGAGACUCCCGUCAUCCCACUCCUUCAACAGGUUCAUAUCGGGCUUGGUCCCAAUGGCUACGCGCCCGUGACCUCUGCUGUAACGGCGGACGGGACUGCCUGCGCAAGGCAGUACGGACAACUGAUGGACAAUCUCCUGCGGCUCUGCCCCGGGCAUGUGUGGCCCAAGGAUUCCUACAAGGCCAACUGCCCGAGUCCCAUCCUCGUCAACCAGCGCCAUCAAGGCCGUCUAGAGCGUCUUCACGAGGCGUUGACCAGCGCCAUCACCGACAUAGUGCAGAGGUGGUGGUCUGACACGGAGGCCAAUUUCCCGCAGCGAAUGCCGCUCGCAAAGGACGAGGAAGAGCUGCUGCGAUGGCUCGACGACCAGGUUUCUCGGGGCAAGGCGAUGCCAUUCUCGUCCUGUCGUGGGUCUUGGAGACCAGACUUUCUCAUCAAAGACAGCCCGCCAGUGUUCCGUGAGGCGGCGGCUAAUGGUGAGCCCGGUGAAGGCGAGGUCUUUUGCAUAACCGAGAUCAACGCCCGGUUUUCCUUUAACGGCUUCAUGCAUGAGGCUCUGGGCCAGGAGGCACUCGACGAUAUGGGCCUACACCAGCUUGGCCUGGCCAGCGCAACAAAUUCAGCCCAGCUCUUGGACGGGUUGAUGCAGCUGUUCCAGCCGGAGCUGCCUUUGCAUCUGCUCCGAGGUGAAGAGCAGGGCAUGGACAUACACAUGUUUGUCAACGUCAUGCGGCGGCGGCGCCCUGGGUUAACAAUGCGCCCAAUCACGCCGGCAGACCUCAGACUGGUGCCCAAUCCCGAGGGCAAGACUGGCUUCAAGCUCUGCUGCGUCGUGGGCAAGGGCGAUGAAUCAGCCGCAUCGUCGACUACGGAAGCCGGCGAGCUAGUCGAGGAGAUUCACCAGCUGGGACUAGAGCUGCAUCAGCGGGAGCUGUCGGGCCUGGAGCCAGAGAUGCUGCGGCAAAUCAGCCUUCGCUGCUUCAACGACAUGCGGACGGUGCUGCUCGUCCACGACAAGAGGAUGCUCGGCGUGGUCAAGCAGGAGCUCGACCGUCUUGUAAGCCGGGGCGUCCUUAGCCCGGCCCAGGCCCGCGUUCUCGACGCGGGCAUUGCAGACACCAUGAUCCCCGGCUCGCGGGAGAUGAACGAGCUGCUCAGGCUGGCCCAGAAGGACCCCGACUCGAGAAACCAAUAUCUGCUCAAGCCCGUGCGAGGCGGCAAGGGAGCUGGCAUCGUGUUCGGCGAUGAGAUGAACCCGCAUGAAUGGGUUGCCGCGCUCGAGCGGCUGCAGAGCCCCGUUCUCGUCCCGGGGGUCUCCUGCGUUGUGCAGCGCCGCAUCAACCCCCGGCUAUAUGACGUGGUAGUAAAGGAAUCUGACAGCAGGGCCCGGUAUCCCUUGGUGGGCACAUAUCACGUCGUUCACGGCAAACUACUCGGUCUCGGUGUGUGGCGGACCGGGCCCGAUCGAAUUUGCGCCAUUAGCACCGGAGGCGCUUGGAUGUGCUCGGUUAUUAGACAGGAUUAA